AAUAAUAAACAAGAUUCCAAUUUAAAACCCCAAAAGAGGGGUGAGGAAUCCUGUUAAACGUUGAGGCGAUCGAUCGAUCCAGGAGGAAAGAAAGGGGGAGAAAUGGCUUCCGUGGUGAGGAACGUUCUGAAGAGCAUCAGAGAGAAGGGUCUUGUAAGCUUCGCAAGAGAGCUUCGUGAAGAAGGAUUUCUGAAUUGUCUAAGUGAUGGAAAUCUUUUGCAAACGAAGAUUCACAACAUUGGUGCUACGCUAGUGGGUGUUGACAAAGUUGGCAAUAAAUACUAUGAGAAGCUUCAUCAGACACAAUAUGGAAGACACAGGUGGGUGGAAUAUGCUUCCAAGGAUCGUUACAAUGCUUCUCAGGUCCCACCCGAAUGGCAUGGUUGGCUGCACUUUAUAACUGAUCACACUGGAGAUGAGCUUCUAAUGCUGAAGCCAAAGAGGUAUGGGUUGGAUCACAAGGAGAACUUCUCUGGAGAAGGCGAUGAAUACAUCUACCAUUCCAAGGGCCACACACUCAACCCUGGUCAAAGAGAUUGGACCAGGUUUAUAAAACCUACAAGUCACUCCAUCGACCAACCCGCCCACAGAAGAUCGCCACCACCAUCAUUUGUUGUUGCCGCCACCACCAUUGUUUGCUGUUGCCGCCGAUCUCCAGUCGCAAUUCGCCGUUAUGGCCGCCGGUAA